CGUUUUUGUCACUGCGGGUGUGGCCAUGCUGCGGCAAAACAAUUCUGAAGCUGCAAUUGAAUAAUCAAAUUUUAGGACCCUCGCAGUGGCCGAGAAGGUUCCCAGAUGUCUUCAGGAGAAGACACGAUCUUCUCGAUGUCCGGUAGCACGACCGGCUCUCCGCAUCAGGUCGCUCAGCUCUAGCUCAUGCAUAUAAGCCUACAAUGUCCAACCUCGUCCUCAAUCUCUAUCUGUCUUUCUUCUCUUCUACUCUGCUUACUAGGACCUAAGUUAUCUUAUUACCGCAGCCAAACAGAUCAAGUUACACAUCCGCCAUCAUGGACAACGAAGCACGCCAGGCCCUCGCCACCAUGAAGAUGCCCCGGCGGCCCAUAAACUUUGUGCCUGCAAAAGAAGGCGAGAUCCUAAAGCUAGGACACAUUACAUGUCGCAUCAUGGAAGACGGUUCACGAACAGACAACCGUAUCGGCAGCGCCGAAUUUACACUCCCACCGAACACCGCCGGCCCGCCCGCGCACUGGCACGAGAUGCACGACGAGACCUUCCUCGUCACACAGGGCAAGGUCCGGUUCCACGCGCCAGACAACACGCACAUCGACGCGAAGGUGGGUGACUACGUCACGGUCCCCAUACGAGCCCCGCACACGUUUUCGAAUCCAACGGAUCAGGAGGCCAAGUUUUUCAAUACAUAUACGCCGGCGUUUUACAUUGACUAUUUCAGAAUACUGGCAGAGAUGAGCAAGAGCGAUGAGAAGAUGAGUAAGGAGAAGAAUUUGGAAGUCAUGGCGAGCUUUGCGACGAUGCCGGCGGGGGAGAUGCUGGUGGAGAUGAACGGGAAGAAGUAAGCUCAUGUAUGAGUAGUUAUUAUUAGGUGUGACAAGAACGUAAAAUGCCGAGAAUGCAGGUAGUAAUGAGGAAAAUCGUCCAGCAGCUCUCUACACGCCAACAACUUCCAAAAUCUCAAAACUUCGCAACAGCAAAUCGACCCAGGCAACUACGCCAGGCAGUCACUCCUCCUCUUCACCUCCCUCAACAGGCCGACACGUCCGACACUCACGAUACAGCAUGCCACAAAAUUCCCUGACCGUCUGUUCACUCCCUCCAUCAAUACCGACGCUAUGUCCCUUCAUACAAUACCACGUCCACGCACCCUUAUUCAGCGCGUCUCUUUCCAGAUAAUUUUCCCCUGGACUCCAUGUAUCCAGACUAAACGUAAUCUUAUUCAGCGUCGGCCCGCCAUGGUGAUCUGACAAUUCGGUACCAAUAUUCUUAAAACUCUGACUCGAGUGA